GGUCAUCGCCCUCCGCCUCAGGGCGCCAACACUCCACGUCCGGGGCGGGGGUUGCGGCUGGGCUCCAGACUCCCUCUGCCCCGCCCCAGCCGCGCCUCCCCGAGGACGGUCCAGCGCAUCACGUGACGGGUCCGCGGCGCUGGCGGUUGCUGUCAGCUGAUUCCCCGGCUUGGUGGCAGCAGCAACAGUGGCGAUGGACUUUCUCCUGGGGAACCCGUUCAGCUCUCCGGUGGGACAGCGCAUCGAGAAAGCCACGGAUGGCUCCCUGCAGAGCGAGGACUGGGCGCUCAACAUGGAGAUCUGUGACAUCAUCAAUGAGACUGAGGAAGGUCCCAAAGAUGCCUUCCGAGCCGUGAAGAAGAGAAUCGUGGGGAACAAGAACUUCCACGAGGUGAUGUUAGCUCUCACGGUCUUGGAAACCUGCGUCAAGAACUGUGGGCACCGCUUCCACGUGCUGGUGGCCAGCCAGGACUUUGUGGAGGGUGUGCUAGUGAGGACCAUCCUGCCCAAAAACAACCCGCCCACCAUCGUGCACGACAAGGUGCUUACCCUCAUCCAGUCCUGGGCUGACGCGUUCCGCAGCUCGCCCGACUUGACUGGUGUGGUGGCUGUCUACGAGGAUCUGCGGAGGAAGGGCCUGGAGUUCCCCAUGACUGACCUGGACAUGCUGUCGCCCAUCCACACGCCCCAGAGGACCGUGUUCAACUCAGAGACACAGUCAGGACAGAAUUCCAUGGGCACUGACACCAGCCAUCGAGGGGACUCCAACCAACACACCACACCCCUGCCCACCUCGGCCCUACUCCCCAGCGACACACCCAUAACGCCGACCCCUGAGCAGAUUGGGAAGCUUCGCAGCGAGCUGGAGAUGGUGAGCGGAAAUGUGAGGGUGAUGUCAGAGAUGCUGACGGAGCUGGUGCCCACCCAGACAGAGCCAGCGGACCUGGAGCUACUACAGGAGCUCAACCGGACGUGCCGCGCAAUGCAGCAGCGGGUCCUGGAGCUCAUCCCCCGCAUUGCCAACGAGCAGCUUACCGAGGAGCUGCUCAUCGUCAAUGACAAUCUCAACAACGUCUUCCUGCGCCACGAACGGUUUGAACGCCUCCGAACAGGCCAGACCACCAAGGCCCCAGGUGAGGCCGAGGCGGCCCCUGACCUGAUCGACAUGGGCCCUGACCCUGUAGCCGCCGGCAGCCUCUCGUCCCAGCUGGCAGAAAUGAACCUGGGCUCCAGCAGCGUGAGGGCUGGCCUGCAGUCUCUGGAGGCCUCUGGCCGGCUGGAAGACGAGUUUGACAUGUUUGCGCUAACACGGGGCAGCUCACUGGCUGACCAACGCAAAGAGGUAAAAUAUGAAGCCCCUCAAGCAACAGAUGGCCUGGCUGGAGCCCUGGAUGCCCGGCAGCAGAGCACUGGAGCGAUGGGAGGCGGCAGUGAGAAGAGCCUCAGUGACUGGAUGGUGAGACAAGGCAUGAUCCCUGUCACCCAGGCCUGCCUCAUGGAGGACAUCGAGAAGUGGCUGUCCACAGACGUGGGGAAUGACGUGGAGGAGCCCAAAGGCGUCACCAGUGAAGAAUUCGACAAGUUCCUGGAAGAACGUGCCAAAGUGGCCGAUCGUUUGCCCAACCUCUCCAGUCCCUCCACCGAGGGGCCCCCAGGCCCCCCACCUGGCAGUGCCCCGAGAAAGAAGACCCAGGAGAAAGACGACGACAUGCUGUUUGCCUUAUGAGUGUGGGGCCUGGCGCCCUGCUGCCCGAGCCCCGGCUGCUCCCACAUCCCGUGGCGGGGGCCUGUCCCUCCUUUGGUGUUAAGGCUGCUUGGGGGUGGCUUGUCACAUGCGUCCUUCUCUUCACCUUGAGGUUGGGGCCGUGCUGCCUGGGAGUGUGGGAGGCAGCUGGAUGAACUAGGGGAGUGAGUCAGUUCUACUUUGGGGCCCUGGACACUCAUGCCUCCCCUCCCACCCCCACCAACCACUGCGACUUUGCUGAGGACAGGAAGGCCCCGGGCUGGAGAGGCUGGUCGCUUGGUGGCCCAACGUGACUCCCCUUGUCCUGGGUGAUCCCCUCCCAGGACCCGCCCCCAGAGGAGCCCUCUUCAGAGCCCACAUGGCCUGUCGAAGCCUGGCCAGAGGCUAGAGACAGCAGAAGUCUGUCGCAGCUUCAGGCCCAUUCCCCAGUGCCUGCCUUGGAGCCUGAAGGGUUGGCCAGCUGCUGAAGGCAGGGCCUGUGGCUCUCUACUGAGAGCGCACUGUCCAGAUAAGCUGCAUGUGAUGGGGGGAGACCUCACCAGCCCCAGGCCGCCAGGGGACUUCCGGCAAUGCCUGUGGCUCCUGGGACCCCUGUGACCUCCACUGCCUUGCCCUCCUUCUUCUGUUCCUCCCUUGCAGGGCUCCGCUGGGCACUGGGCCCCCACCUGUCAGUUGAUCCUCUUGACUGGGAGAGGUGCCUUUCGUAUCCCCAAUAAAGGUAGAAGAGCACCCUA